AUGCAUACGUGGUCGUCGAUAGCCGGUAAUAUUCCAGGAAGAACGGACAAUGAAAUAAAAAACUAUUGGAACACACAUUUGAGAAAGAAACUUCUCCAAAUGGGGAUUGAUCCGGUGACCCAUAGGCCAAGAACCGAUCAUCUAAACGUUCUUGCCGCUCUCCCGCAGCUUUUCGCCGCAGCAAAUUUCAACAGCCUCUUGAAUAUCAAUCAAAACGUGCAACUGGAUGCAACAACUCUUGCCAAAGCCCAUUUGUUGCACAAUAUGAUUCAAGUCCUUACCACCAAUAACAGCAACCUUUCUUCUUCAUCAUCAACCAUGCAGACUAAUAACAAUUUCUUUGGCCAGUCUUCUUACUUGGAGAACCAAAAUAUUUUUGGCCAGUCUCAAAACUUCUCCAAGAUUGAUCUUGAGAACAAUCAUGAUUAUGAUGAUCAUUUGAUGGCAAACGUGUUCAGAACCAUGGCCAUUUCCUGAAUAGACAAGAUUGGAAAAAAAAACAAAAAUUAAAGAGAGAAUAAAUAUAUAAAAUUAGUUGUUGUCGACAGAGCAUAUUCAUCGUUCACUAAGUUUUCUUUUUUUCAGACCAUGUAUAAAUUGAUCUUGUAAAAAGUUAACUGUUUAUUGUAUCAAAUACAAAUACUUGUAUUCGUAAUCUACACUUUUAUAAUCUAAUUUUAUAUAUUUAAAAACAUAAAGUUGG